GAGGCCCACAAGUCGUCCUCGAGGAGCCGGAGGUCCUCGGAGUACCUGAGGCCGGUCAACAGCAGAAUCAGGUUGAUUGACUUCGGCAACGCGACGUACGAGGACGAGCACCACUCUUCGAUCAUCAACACGAGGCAGUACAGGGGGCCCGAGGUGAUCUUGGCCGUGGGCUGGAACGAGCUCUCGGAUGUGUGGUCUAUGGGGUGCAUCCUCAUGGAGCUCUACACUGGGGAACUGUUGUUCGGCACACACGAGAAUUUGGAGCAUUUGGCUCUGAUGGAAGCGAUACUGGACCAGUCGCUCCCAACGAGCAUGCUGAGCAAGGCGCCGAAGGCCAUCAAGGAUAAGUACCUCGCGAACGGCACGAGCCAGCUGCGGCUGGCGUGGUGGAGGAGCUCAAGAAACCGUCGACGAGCUGGAGGUUACGGCGGUGACGAAGGACGAGGUCUUGGGCGUGGUCGAACAGGUGGUUAAUCAGAACAUCGGGGAGACUGCGAAGAUGCACAUCAAAACGAGAAGGUAACGGUCAGGGAGGACUUCGGGAGAGCGGAGAGCAUCCAGGAGUGAAACAUUGACAGCAGAGGCAACGCAGAACAUGCCAUUCAGCGUGUCCCACAUCGUGCGUAAUUAUAGCACGCCUAAUGCGCACACCGUGC